UUCAGCCAAGGCUGUCUGCCAUCGGCACCGAGAUCCGACGUGGCAUUGGAUCUUUGGAUGAGUCUAAGUGUCGAGAAGGCGACAGGGGCGGUGGCGUCGGCUUUAGAGAGGAAGCGGUCCAUGUCCGAUGCAGACGAGAGCUUCUUUGACGCACAGGAGGGGAGUGAGGGGUCCGUAUCAGUCGUACCAGCUACAUGCGCUCUUCCCAAGUCACUCAUAAAAGAGGAUUCGAGUUUGGCGUCGAUCUUGGAACAGGAGUCAGUUCGAAGGGAGGAGCCAACAACGACCAUCUCAUCGUCAGACUACCCACGAACUAGCAGCAGCGGCGACGACACUAUCUGUCCUGAAGACGUGUUCGUUGUGCGCAACAAGGACACGGGUGAAGUGUUCGACAUCCGCGAGCUCGACACCAACCCCGUCGACUGUUACACGAUGUUUCCUCACAACUUUGAGCCGCAGCUUCGCGACAGUCUCAACGACGGCGACAGUGCGAGAACACGGAGCAGUGGCAGUGGCGGUCCCUUGUCACCAGACAAGAAAGCAACGGACAAGCAGCACUCGCGGUCCGCGCUCUCGGGGUUUCACUUCAAACGAAAAGAUAAACUUCCGCCGCCGUCCGACGGGAAAACCUACGUGCAUGUGUCGUCGUCGUCCAAGAAGGACAAGCGCGAGUUCGAUUGUGUGUCGGAGAUGCAGACGCUGCGACAGCACCACGGCACGAUCUGGACCAUGAAGUUCAGCCACGACGGCGCUCGAUUGGUCUCUGGUGGCCAGGACGCCAUCCUCCGCGUGUGGAAGGUUGCCGCGUUCGCCAAGUCGACUGUCGCCGCGGCGGCAGCACCGCGAAAUGAAGCAUCACCUUCGUCGCCAGCAUCAUCCUCGCCGCUAUCUCGCCACCUCCUGGAAGAGACUCCCGAGCAAAUGUACUACGGGCACAGCAUGCCAAUAGUCGACGUGUCGUGGAGUCGCAGCAACUUUGUGUUGUCAGCGUCUAUGGACAAGACUGUCCGGCUGUGGCACAUUUCGAAACCCGAUUGUUUGCAUGUGUUCCAGCACCCCGACAGCGUCCCCGCCGUGGACUUUCACCCGAAGGACGACCGGUACUUCCUCUCGGGAUGCUUCGACAACAAGGCACGCAUAUGGAACAUUCCCGACGGAUGUGUCGUCUCGUAUGUGCAGACACCGGUGAUGAUCACCGCCGCGAGCUUCCACCCUUCGGGCAACCGCGUCAUUGCGGGACUGCUGAACGGACAAUGCAUCCUCUACCAAGUGAACGCGCACCAAGCGAUGAACUACUACACACAGAUCGAAUGCCGGAACGCGCGCGGCGCGACGCGGAAAGGCCGCAAAGUCACAGGCAUUGAGUUUUCGCCGGAAGGCAAGUACUUUCUCGUGAGCACAAAUGAUAGUCGCAUGCGGCUCUUCAGCGUGGACAACUACUCGCGCGUGUGCAAGUACAAGGGCCUGGUCAACAACUACCUGCAGAUCAAGGGUCGAUUCAGCCAAGACGGCGACUACGUCAUCUGCGGGUCAGAAAACGCCCACGUGUACAUUUGGAACAAGAGCGCGAGUCAUUCCAGCAGCAUGUUGCUGGGUCAUAAGCAAGACCGCAACAACGCGUUCGAGUCGUUUAGCGGUACGUCUUUCCAGUCGUCCUAGGAUGCUACAAUUCGUCGCAUGAUGCGUAUGUGUAGCGGCCGACACGACGGGAGGUGUCGUGACCGUCGCAUUGUUUGCGCCCGCGAGCACGUACGCGUUAAUGAACCAUGGCAGCGACGUGGAAGGAAGAAGCAGAGGCAGCGCCGACGAUGUGCAUGGGAAAGCAUGCACGGGAUACAUUGUCACGGCGAGCUACAACGGAUGCAUCAAGGUCUACGAGCGUGUUCAUCGGAAUGCCGUAGCGCGCUAAGUAGACGACUGUAGAGAGGGAUGUUAGGACAUGAUCACAGACAUGGAGUAUGUACACGCAUAUUGGCUCAAUGCGUUGACUUGCCCGCCGCACUUGCGUCAGGUCGCCCUGUGCCACAAGAACGCGCCGCAGUUCCUC